ACAAAACACACCAUCAUAUCACCAGGGAUAAGAUUCAACAUGGGUUUAUAAUAUAGAUUACAUGAAUAUAAGAUCUAACUGCAAUAUAGAAGAUUAGGUCCAUAGAUUUCUUUAUUUAUAGAAAGUGUAAUAGUAUUUGAUCAAUUCUUUUUAUAUUUAUAUAUUACAUAAAAUAAUGAAUAGAAAGCAAUUUAUAGAAAUUGAUCUAAUGAUAUCAUAUUCCUAUAAAAAUAUUCUAUUAUCUAUAAUAAUUAUUAAUCCCACUAUAUAAAAGAAGCUAUUUUUAAGCUUCCUAAGGCUAUCCACAUGGUCAAAAUAAUCAGGACCAAUCAAAGUGUCAAGUCAUCAAGAAGUGGGCUUUAAUUCUUAUUUUCUGUGGAUACCUAAUGUUGGGUUUUAAUCUUUUUUUUUGGGCGGUUAAAAAUAUAAUUCCUAAACCUAAGCCUGCUUCUUCCAUUAAUCUUCUCCAGAUAUGCUCAGCUCGGCCGCCACCUCCGUGAGUGCUCGCUCUGGCGAUAUUCUCUGCGGCUAUUUGCAUGGGAAGACCGUCGCGCCUUUCCGUUUUGCUCAGCCUGUGAGUUCUCUCCUCUCCCUGUGUCGACGUAUUUCUCUUCUUAGUGUCUUUAUUUCUCAUAUCUGCUAUUGUUGAUUUUGUCUAGAAGCAGCAUGUCUCCAACGAUCAAAACAAAUACAGUUGAGGAAAAUAAACAUCUGAAAACUAUGAAAGUGGACAAAACGUCGGAGAUCGUGAAGCUGAGCAUCGAGGCCGGAUAUAAUGUGAUCACGACGACCACAUUCAAGAAAUCGGCUUUGGCGAAGUCAGAGAAGUGAAGAAAAAAGAGUAACCACGAAUAUAUAAUGGGCAAUUCUUUUAAAUAGUCAUUUAAAAGAAUAGCCUUUAAAGACAAAAAAAGACCAAAAUAAUCCUUAUUAUUUUGACAUUUUAAUAUUUAGAAAAAAAAAUUGAAACCAUAUCCUCUAAACUCCAACUCUUAAUUCUACCUCUUAACUCUAAACCGUAAAUCUAUAUUAGUUAAUCCUAUGGUAUAAAUGUAUUUUUACCUUUUAAUAAAACUUUUUUGUUCAUUUUCUUCCUCUAAUGUUAUUUUUAUGAAAAUAAACUAAAAAAAAUCUUAGAAAAUUUCUCAUAUAUAAUAUUACCAGUUGAUGUUUCGCACCUUGUGUGGACUAACAUAUAUAUAUACGACAUAUUUUCAUUUUAAUAUUUAUUUUAUAAAAAAUUAAUAUCUAUGUUUAGUAUAUAAUUUUUAAUUAAUAAUCCCAAAUAUCAUGAUUAUAAGAAUAAGAACACAUGAUUAUAAUAUUAACCAUUAAAAUCAUAAACUAAAUAUAAAAUUAACUUAAUUACGAUAUUAUCAGUAAAAUUUGUUAAUAUCUAUUGUUAAUUUAAUAUAUUUAAUUAAUAAUCUUAAAUAUAUAAAUAGAUACACUUAAAUAAUACUUUGAAAUGAAAUAAUAUGUAAUGCGAUCUUUUCUUUUUUUGAUCAAAAUAUAUGUCAUGCUCAUUCAAUCAAUUCCACAUAAAAGUCAACAAAAUUCAAAGAAGAUUAUUUCAUUACAAUUUUGAUUAUGUAUAAAUGGAAUGAAAUUAUUUCAUUUUUCUUCAUAUUCAAUUCCUCUAAUUUCAUUCCUUUUUAUUCUACUGGAUUCUCGUUCUAUAAAUUGAAGGCCUCCAAGUUCUCAUUAGACACAACUCAAACACACAUUAUCUUCUUUGAGUUAUCUCUAAUCAUACUAUAAUCAUCUCCUUAGAGAGUUAUGGCAAUUUCAAAAGCUUUUAUUGCUUCUCUUCUUAUAUCUUUUCUUGUUCUCCAACUCGUCGAGGCAGACGUGGAAGUCUCAAACAAAAAGAAUGGUUACGGGCCUUACGGCAGUAAGAUUGAUUGUGGAAGUGCGUGUAUAGCACGGUGCAGGCUCUCAAGUAGACCGAACCUUUGUCACAGAGCGUGCGGGACUUGCUGCGCCAGGUGCAACUGUGUGCCACCAGGCACGUACGGAAACUACGACAAGUGCAAGUGCUACGCCAGCCUCACCACCCACGGUGGUCGCCACAAGUGCCCUUGAGACUAUUUUGUUUUGUUUGUCAGUAAUUGUUGGCAUUACUUCGUAUUAUGUGUGGUUCUAUUAAAUAUAUAACAAUUUUAACUCUA